UCUACGGCAUUACGUCGCGAGCCGCCGAGCGCGACUGACGCGUUUCCCUUCGCGCCGUAGCGGCCGUUUACGUGCAUCAUCUACGUACAUGACACACGCGCGCCGAGCGCGCUCUCAUGUCAGCCACGCGGGUGUGCGAUACAUUCGAUUGUCGAUCGAUUAUUCGAGCUCCGAUAUAAUCGAUAGUCGCGAGUGUCUCGACGUGAUGGUCUGCGAGAAAAGGACAGUGAGUGACAAGUGUCGUCGUCGGCUGUGAGGGACCGAUCUCGGACCGUUGUGUGCUGUAAUCUGUGUGCGUAGAUCGAUACUUUAUAGCCCUUGAUCGAAGUCAGUGAACAGUAUACUGCAGGGUUGUGCGCGCGAAGAUGAGACAGCGGCGGAGAAGCUAGUCGACGAGAUCGGCGCGGAUGCAGCCGCCGAUCCAAGCGCGGGAAAUUCAAAGCUCCAAAAUCCGAAAGCUCGACAAAGCACGCGUACUUCAAAAUUUCUCCCCCGGAAGUCCGAAGGAAAAUCGAAUAACCAUUACACGCUCCACGACGUACGGCUCAGUGCAUCGGGGCAGCUGCGCAGCGUCGGCGGCCGAUGGGAUUAUGCAUCUCCCGGUGGGCUCGGUGAGCUGCAGCGGCGAAAGCUUCGGCAGCCUGAGCCAACAGCAUCAUCACCAUCAGCACCACCAGCAGCACCACCAGCACCACCAGCAACACCACCAGUUACAGCAGGAGCAGGACAACGGUAAUUUGGUGGCGCUGCAGCCGGCCCAGUAUCAGCAGCAGAUACAGGAACAGCACCAGCAGCAACAGCAGCAGGUAGAGGGACAGCGACAGGAGGAGGCUGCGGAACCGGGACCGACCGGCGCCGCCGGAGAAAUGAGCGAAGCUGCGGCCGUCGGCGAGCUCUGGUGGACCGAGAGGCUCGUCGGCGAGGCACAGGCCGAGCAUCCUGGUGAACUCGUUAGGACAGGUUCCCCGUACUUCCUCUGCAGUCAGCUGCCGACGCACUGGCGAUCGAACAAGACGCUGCCGGCGGCGUUCAAGGUCGUGGCGCUGGGAGAGAUCGGCGACGGUACCCUCGUCACCGUGAGGGCGGGUAACGACGAGAACUGCUGCGCCGAGCUGAGAAACUCCACGGCGCUGAUGAAGAACCAAGUGGCCAAGUUCAACGACCUCAGGUUCGUCGGCAGGAGCGGAAGGGGCAAAAGCUUCAGUAUAACGAUAACGGUCUCGACGACGCCACCCCAGGUCGCGACGUACACCAGGGCUAUCAAGGUCACCGUCGACGGGCCCCGAGAGCCGCGCUCCAAAACGAGGCAGCAGCACCAGCAGUUCCGGGCUCUGGGCCUGGGUCAGCGGCCCUACCUCGACGGGCCGAACUCCUUCACGAAUCACCUGCGCGAGCUCGAGUACAGGCGUUCGAAGCAUCACCCACACCACCACCAUCAUCACCAGCAACAGCAGCAACAGCAACAGUUGGCGACGGCGCAGCUCCAGAGUCCGGUAUCGGGGGACAACGCCAACGUCAACUCAUCGACCACCUCACCGUCUUCCGGCAGUCACCUGACGAACACUACUGGUGGUGCCACUGCGCAUCAGGAUUGUUACAAGCACAGUCCGCAGCAUGGGGAUACGAGCGUCGGUACCGGCGGCGGCGGCGGCGGCGGCAGCAACAGCGGCGCGACGACAGCGACGGAAUGGGCGUAUCCGUCAGCGGCGCCGUCUUAUCCGGCGCCCGCGGGAAGCGCCGCCGGCGGAGCAGCAACAGCUGGAGGCGGCAGCGGCAGCGGCUCUUACUCGCCCAUACCGGCCGGCGCGUUCUCUUAUCCCGGCGAGGCGCUCGCCCAUCAUCCAACCACCGAGCCUGUGCCCCUUCCAACUGUGCUUCCGUCGGACGGCCAGCAAAACGCCUACACGCCGAACUGCGUGUCGAUGUACCCGAGCGGCGCAGCCUCGUCGACGACCUCCUCCCUCGCGUUAAUCCAGAAUCCAAGCAGCGUCAAACCCUUGGUAGACACCAGUUCGGACAUGUACGCCACAGCGACGGGCAGCCCAGGCUCGACCGGUUACCACCACUACGGCGGCUGGACGACGGCACCCGGACCCGCUACCCCCGUACCUGCCCCAGCAAAUUACAAUCCGAACUAUCAGGGCUACUAUCAUCAAAAUCCCGCGGCGCAGAACUACAUCGGUCAGGCGCCGAUGGUUCUCUAUCCCCAGGUGUUCACCAGUACCAUCAACCAGAACCAGAUCCACCUGCAUCUCAGCGAAGAGACGCUGGCCAACAGUAACCUGACGAUCAGUAGCAACAGGCUAGAGAUCGGAGUGCUGGGAGAAGAGAACGAACAGAGGAACGAUGUUUGGAGGCCGUACUGAGGAGACCUGGGCUGUGGAAGCUCUGAGCUGUGGCCAGUUCAGGAGCCUGACAAAGCCAACGAUGAGCGAGCGAUCGCCAUUAGCCGAUUACCUCGUGCUGCAGCGCAUCAUCAGGGCCGCGAUCCAACGAGGAUCAGCAGCGGAUGAUGCAUCAUCAGAGUCGCGCCUGACCGCGCGAACUCUCCCGACUCUUUUCCCGUCGUACGGGUGUACCUAUACAUAUAUAGAUAGACAUACAAACACACACACAACUGUAGUGCGAAAUCUUCGUGCGAAUCCCCCUUCCGAGCUCUCGGACUCGCGAACGAAGACGCGAGUGGAGCUGUAUGCGCGUGUACAUGUUGGCAGGGGUACGAGAUGCGAGUGCGACUUGAAGCGGAUGAAGAAGAGACUUUAAUAUAUUGUACAUACGCAGAUAUUUUCCAUGAAUAAAAAAUCUUGCCAAAUCCGUUCCUAA